UCGCUCAGCUCCAGUCAGCGUCACAUCGGCGGGGAGCACAGGCUGUACGCGUCUGCUGCUCCGCCUCUCGCCCCUUGCCACUACUGCCUCGCUGCCGCUCGCGAAGGUGAUAGUUGCGCGCGGGGUGGCGGUGAUGCCUCGCACCGAACCUGCUGUGCCUGCUGCAAGGUUCAGGCCUCGGCAAAAUUACUGAAAUCGCUUGAGUUAUGGAGGGUUGUCGCUGUAUGGAAGUGCUCACGUUAUCUCUGGUCUAGAAUUCCCGUUUGUUUUCCAUCUCAGUUUUCUUUUUGUUCACUUAUUGGUUUGAGCUAUCGUGGAUGUUCAGGACCUGGUUGUUAUGGCAGUACGGACUGUAAUAUGUUAAAGAUUCAUAUGCUGGGCAGUCACGCAAGAAACAGUCAAGCAACACCUCCACUUCUUCAUUCAGUAGGAGGCGCCGCGCUACACGAAGGCGUCGAGCAAAACACACUCCAACACUCGCCUCCUCCGCUGUGUUGACUACAGUGAUCGCUUGACGGGGGCAGCGAGAAAAGCUAUCCCAGGCUAUAACACUCACUAGCUCACCCACACCCUUAGGAGCGCCUGGGAGCCUUAGUGAAUCUGCAAUGAGUGUGUCGGGGAUGGAGGGAGGGCGGCGCGGCGGCUGGCUCCCCCUGGCCGGCAUGGCGUGGGCCGUUCUAGUGAGCUCAACUCUCCUCCAAGUGUGCGACGCUGUUAAAGAGAUGCCGUACUUCCUGGAGCCAAUCAGCAACGUGACGAUGCCGGCUGGGCGGGACGUGCGUUUGGCGUGUGUUGUGGACCACCUCAGUAACUUCAAGCUCGCUUGGAUCCAGCAGGACAGAUCGGCCAUUUUGACAGUCGGCAACCACGUCAUCACGCGAAACGACCGCAUUGGAGUCUCACACGACGGUCACCGCACUUGGUACCUCACCAUUAAGGACGUGAGGCCUGGUGACGCGGGAACCUACAUGUGCCAGAUCAACACAGCCACUGCUAUCAGUCAGACGGGGCAUGUUAGUGUUGUGGUGCCUCCCUACAUCAAGGACGAGAUGAGCAGUGACGACGUGACGCUGCAGGAAGGCAUGGACGUCACUCUGGUGUGCAGUGCUCGGGGCUCGCCGGUCCCUAGCAUCAUGUGGCGCAGGGAGGACAAGAGUGACAUCAGGGUUAACCUCACAUCCACCAACACUCACCUCCGUGCCUCUGCCUCUUCCCACGCAUUAGUGAAGGAAGCCCCGGGGCCGCUCCUGCACCUCUCCAAAGUGAGCAGGACGGACAUGGGCGCGUACCUCUGCAUUGCGUCCAACGGCGUGCCACCCUCCGUCAGUAAACGCAUCGAUGUUGUCAUUAGAUUCCUGCCCACCGUUUACGUGCCCCACCAGCUGGUCGGCGUACCCCUGGGCCAAGACGUGACAAUUGAGUGCUACAUAGAGGCGUGGCCGAAGGGACUCAACUACUGGAAGAGACCGAACGGCAUUGAGAUAUUGCACUCUGAUGACAAAUAUGAGGUGAAGGAGGUGGAAGGCUCGCAGAAGUACAAGACACACAUGCUGCUGACCAUCCACCGCGUGUCUAAGAGUGACAUCGGGAAGUACAACUGCAUCGCCAACAACAGCCAGGGCGGGGCGGAGCAGGUGGUGCGGGUGUCGGAUACAGGAGUGGUGCCCAGUAACCGCAACGCUCUCAACAAGGGAGGCUUUGAGAACAAGGAGAGCAGCGUUGGCAAGCCCGCGAUACCUGCCGUCAACUGGAGUAAGACUAACGAGGCCGCACCCCCACUCAAGAACGACUUCGAGGAACACCGUAAAGCGUCCCAGCGAAGCCAAACGACACACCAGCAACAGACGACCAAGAUGUUACAGAAACCGAACUUAGGAUUUGACUCUCUCUUACCCUCGCCCUCCUCGUCAUCGCCUUCUCCGAGAGGGUCCAGAUACAGAAGUCCUGCACUGCUGGCCUCACUGUCCUCCCUCCUCGUCUCGCCGUCUCACCACUCACACAGAAGUUGGUUUGUGGCGCUUGUUCUCCUGCUGGGGCUCUGUCUCUGUAGGGCCCGCCAGGUGCUCCAAAGGGACUGUAGUUUACCUGUAGAUGACUCAUUAGUGGUUUGUGGGUUUGUUAGGUUUAAUUUUCUAUUAUUCUUACUUGAGAGAGAGAGAAAAAAAAAGAGAGAGAGUGUGUGUGUGAGUAUCCUUGUUUGUUCAUUAGUUUGUUGGUUUGGCUUUGUGUUAUAUUACUAUUGUAAGUGAGGGUCUUUGUUACCUUAAGUGUUCUGGCUUCCGCGAAACAUCGAACCUUGUGUCACUAGGAAGACAUACAAGAACUGAACCGAGCAGCCAAGACCGUGUGUGUGUGUGUGUGUGUGUGUGUGUGUGUGUGUGUGUGUGUGUGUGUGUGUACUCCUUCCUCGAGUAAUACGUAAUAAUGAUAAUGAUGAUGUUCUCGUUUUAAAACAGAGUACUUUUCCUAGCGGGUAACUUAUGAUUAAGGUUACUGUGUGUGUGUGUGUGUGUGUGUGUGUGUGUGUGUGUGUGUGUGUGUGUGUGUGUGUGUGUGUGUGUGUGUGUGUGUGUGUGUGUGUGAGUGUGUGUGUGUUUGUGAGUGUCUGGCAAUUGCCACACGUAAGCGAAGCAAUGUGCACGUAAAGAUUGUGACGCCCAAGAGAAUGAUGAAGCAGGUGGUCACACUGCGCGGGUCGUCACGUCGUGCCUGCGGGGGAGCGGAACUGACUGGUGACUGGUCGUGUGUCUGUAACAAGUCGUCCUCCUCUGCUGAGUCAUGAGUCGUUCCUGAAAGGUUGUCCCCAUUUCCUUCAUUUUAUUUGGUCCAUGAAGCUUUUUUUUUUUUAUCAUUUUGUAUGUGGUUGGAUCUCAUUCGUUUUGUUCUAUUCCGGUAAUGUUUCCAUCGAGUAGAUGAGAAACAGAGGAGUGGUUUCUGUUUGAGACCUACAUACGUGUCGCUACUUUCGUGGUUUAAGUAGCUGAUAAACAGAGGACUUUUAAAUCCGUUUUCUAUCAAGCACCAAAGACUUAACACGUGUUAGUACUCUGUGAAUUAAAUAGCUGACAACUGAGGACCGGUUUGCAUUUGGUGACGUUGAAAUGUAUGAAAGAUUUGGUGGCUUAGAUAAGCUAUAAAGCGGGGACUGGUUUCCAUGUGGGCGCUUGUGACUUUCGUGAGAUGAGGGCAAUGUGCACGUAAGUACCAGCCCGCCUCCUUCGCGGCGACCCAGCGCUGGUGUUGUGGGCGUGUUCUCGACCCUUCUCCUUCUCCCUCGUGCUGUUCUCGCGUGGGAGGAGAACCCAUAAUACUUAGUGCCAUAUUGGAGUUCUUUCCAAGUUAGUGUUUGUAUUAUACAUGAAUUAUACAUACAUUUUGUGCUGCAGAUGAUUAUUAUAUCUUUCCCAAUGAUAGGAUGCCAAUUAUUACUAUUACUACUACUACUACUAUUACUACGUACUAUGUAUAUGACGUGUGUAUGUAUGCAUGUCGCAACACAGACUAUGAAUACUCUAGUGUGAGGGUGUACAUAUCUCGUGUACAUAGCUAAGUGUGUCCUUGUGUGUGUGCGCGAGUGCGUGUGUGUGUUUCCCCCCUCAGCCAAACUUGUAUCCUAGCUCUCCACUUGACUCCUCCUUCGUGAUGUUUGGUUGGUUGUUUCCUUCAAGGGCGGUGUGCGUGUGUGGAGGUGCGUCAUUCCCCAGUGUUGUAUCCCUCCUGGGGCGUCGCGGAGACACUGUGGCGGCGAUCGGUUGUCUUGGAGAAUGUUGCUGCCCGGGAAUCGAACCCUGGGAAGACAUAAGAUAAACAAGCGAGUGACUGCCAAGACCUGCAUCGUUCUCCAGUGUAGUGUCCGCCCCGGGGCAUGAUGGGAGCACUGGGAGUCUGGUCUGGGGUAUUGACUGUCCUGGGGAAACUCAUCACACUGGAAACCCAAUCUUAGAGUGAUGACAAAGGCCUGUAUUCUGAAACACUUUGCUCUCUCACCAACACUGCUUUCCAAAGGCUCCAAUUGAAGAUACUCUUGCUUUUAAGGGUGUUCUUACGGUUCUGGUUAUAGAUUGGCAAGAUUUCUAGUUUAUCAUAGAGAAAAAAACUGUCUUAAAACCAGACUACUCGUCUCUGUGACCUUGGAAGACUGUCGCAGUGAAAGGGAAGGCGUUUCUGAAUAUGGCCGCAAGCCUGAGUGACGCGUGGCCGCCCCUGACUGUCUGUCCUAUCUCUCCCCCGCCACUAGGAAUGGCGGCCUCGGAUUUCCCUCCCCUGCUAUAGGGGAUCUGCUUUGAGUUUGUUGACUUAUCACUUUGCCCGUCUUCCAAGGCAGGCGGCGAGGGGCGCCCCGGGCCUGGUGGCUAGCGUGCGUACAGGUUGUCUCCUGAUUUCUAGUAAUCUGUACCUGAAGUGUCUUGUGUUGACAAUAAAGACUAAUUGAAAACUG